AUGUCUUUCUCCAAGAUCUUCAGCCUCGCUGCUGCCUUCGCUCUCACUGCUUCGGCCCUCCCUCUCGCUUCCCGCGCCCCCAGCGGCGGCGUCCAGAUCGUCAACAACAUGAGCGAGGAUGUCUAUCUCUGGUCCGUUUCUGACACCAGCAGCGAGAUGCAGACCGUCCCCAUCGGCGGCUCCUACACCGAGACCUGGCGCAUCAACCCCAAUGGCGGCGGCGUCUCCAUCAAGAUAUCCACCGGUGCCGACCCCGCCUCCGUCCUCCAGUUCGAGUACACCGAGGCCGGCGAGACCCUCUUCUGGGAUCUCUCCUCCAUCAACCUCUCCCCCCAGUCUCCCCUUGUCGCCGCCGGCUUCGGCGUCUCCAUCGAUGAUGCCAGCUGCCCCACGGCCAUCUGCGCCCCGGGCGAUGUCAACUGCGCCGAGUCCUACCAGUUCCCCGAUGACCACAACACUCGUGCCUGCGGCACCGGCGCCGCCUUCACCCUCACCCUGGGUUAA